AUGGCCUUACCGACCAUCGUGUUUGUUCCAGGUGCAUGGCAUACCUGCGACUAUUACAAGCAGGUUAUUUCCAUCCUCAUGGCAAAGGGGUUCCCUACCGUAACGGUCAACCUACCAUCCGUUGGGGGUAUCUCGUCCAUGGCAGAUGAUGCUUUGGCUAUUCAGGAGGUAACCUCAAAGCUGGUGUAUGAUGGUCAAGAGAUUAUCCUAGUCAUGCAUUCGUAUGGUGGGAUUCCUGGUACGGAGAGCGCUAAAGGACUGUCUCGGGAACUACGCCUGGCAAAAGGUGAACCAGGUGGAAUCAUUGCCCUUGUUUACGUCACCGCCUAUCUUAUCAAAGAAGGGAUGAGCGUGGAAACAUGGGCUAUGAAAAUGGAGCCACAAUCUGCGGCAUCUUUCUCUGGCGCUCUUACCUAUGCUGCGCAUAGGGAUAUUCCAGCUAUAUAUUUGCUCUGUGAGGAAGACAUGUCGCUCCCGAUUGGGCUUCAGGAACUCUUUGUGAGUUACGCGGAGGGGAAAAUCACUACCCGGAUCUGCAAGGCUGGGCAUAGUCCAAUGGUAACAAUGCCAGAUGAUGUCGUUGACACGAUACUCAUGGCCGUUGAAGCUUGA